CUUUGCUCUCUUCCCGAGUUCCUGUCAAAAACAUCUCUCACUCACCCCAACAAGGAAACCGCGACAAUCUAUCAGCUCUCUUGCGUUUUGUGAAUUCCAACCGGCAACGGGCGACGACUUACAGUGACUGCGUGGGCGACUCUCACGGGCUUGCAAAUUGCAAGAUAAAAUCUAGCUACGUCCAACUUCCGAGGUCGUAUUUUCUCGAAUUGGGACAGCAGAAGAAAGAAGGAAUCAGCAAGCAAUGGCAGAUUUCACGACAUCGACUCAUCGAGCCAAGUGGAUUUUCACUCCCCAAGAGCUUAAGGACAAGUACAAGGCUGCUAAUCAAAGAGCCAAACAAGCUCUAGAGAAGUACGGAGCAACCAGAAUGGAAGUUGACAUCGAUGGGUCUUUCUCGUAUGCUGAACCUCAAAGUGAUGCAAAAGAUAGUGCUGAAAAGCGUCCCAAACCUCUCAAGGUCGAAGAAGAGCAGCUGUUAAGGGCUUUUUAUGAGUUCAAAAUUCAAGAUGUCUGUGAUGCUUUUAAGUUCCCACGCAAGAUUCAGGCAACAGCUCUCAUUUAUUUUAAAAGGUUUUAUCUGCAAUGGUCGGUGAUGGAACAUCAUCCCAAAAACAUCAUGUUAACUUGCAUAUAUGCAGCUUGCAAGGCAGAAGAAAAUCACGUAUCAGCUGAGGAGCUUGGUAAGGGGAUAGAACAGGAUCAUCAUGUUAUACUCAAUAAUGAGAUGCUGGUUCUUCAGAGUCUAGGUUUCGAUCUUAUUGUUUAUGCUCCAUAUCGUGCACUCGAAGGUUUUGUCAGUGAUAUGGAGGAGUUUCGUGGUGCUAAUGAUGACGACCAAUAUGAGAUGCUAAAGAGAAUGCUGGAAGCCGCGAGGAUGGAAGCAGAUAAGAUUAUGCGUACAGAGGCACCACUUUUAUUCCCACCUGGGCAGUUGGCUUUGGCAGCUUUGCGUCGAGCUAAUGUGGUGCAUGGCAUUCUUGAUUUUGAGAGGUAUCUGAGAAGCAUCCUAUCACGUCAACAGUCAACUCAAACAAUUUCUGAACUUACAGUUUCUUUAAAUACCAUUGAUUCUUUGAUUUGUAAACUUGAGGCUCCUCCAACUUCCAAAGAUGUGAAGCACAUUGACAGGAAACUCAAAUCAUGUCUUGAUCCUGGUUCACACGACAAGAGUAAGAAAAGGAAGCACAGAUCCAAGGAAAGCUCAACUGAAGUGCAAGACCUCUCUUGAACAUCUUUUAACUCAGUAUUAUGACCCAAGAAUAUGUUGAGUGGAACUAACACUUGUUGGUACUCAUUUAAUUCCUAAUAUAAAGCAGAAAAACAAGUUACACUAAGAGGUGGUCAAUUUCUUCUACACACUUCGUUCUAAGAGGGCCUUACAGCUGCAAUUGAACUGCAAUAUCCGAAGUUGCUCAAACUGCAGCUGAUAUAGUAUACAUGAUGGUUGAUGGCAGUUGGUCAUGUGUUAUAUAGAACAGUCAAUUUUAUUGAUGAUCUUAGCAUGUGCAUCUAUGGACUGGAAACAGGUGAAUAAUCGGUUGUCAACCUCAUCUGAAAUGGAGCCAUCGAGGCUUAGGAAGUCUAUUUUUGCGAUGUAUAGCUCUAUUUGUGUCCAAAAUUUAUUCAGACUAGUCUGCUGAAAAUGUAUUAACUUGUGGAUUAACCCGAAAGUAAAUCUUAUUGUUUCUGAUUACUGGAUUGAACACUUUGAAA